GGAAGGACCGAGCCCCGAGACCUCCCGCGCGCGCGCGAGUCGGACCCUCCUCCCUCCCCCUCCCCGAGGACGACCACUCGCCGUCAUGGACGAGAAGAGGCACAUCCUCGACGGCGCCAGGAAACUCUCGGACGCCGGUGGCAGCCUCUGCUCCGACGACACCUACGACGACACGCGCCAUCUUGUCAGGGAGGAAGAGGAAGAUUCCGGGAAGUUCAGCAGCCUGCCUCUGGCUAGUUUCAACUUCAUCAACUCUAUAAUAGGAAGCGGCGUGAUCGGUAUACCAUAUGCACUCCACCAGGCUGGAUUCGGACUUGGUCUAGGACUCCUAGUCCUGGUGGCUCUGUUGACCGAUUACUCCUUGAUCCUGAUGGUGAGGAGCGGCCAUCUUUGCGGAGAGAUGAGCUACCAAGGUCUCAUGAGAGCCAGCUUCGGCCGAGCUGGAUUCUACAUCCUGACGACUCUGCAGUUCGUCUAUCCCUUCGUGGCCAUGGUGUCGUACAACGUCGUCGUCGGCGACACGGUGACCAAAGUCCUGGUCAGGGUUACCGGUAUAGAGGACACCAACAUCCUGGCCCAUCGUCAGACCGUCGUCCUCCUGGCGACCCUCUGCAUCACGAUACCUCUUUGUCUCUACAGAAAUGUAGCACGCCUCGCCAAGAUCUCCUUUCUAUCCCUGGUCUGCGUUGGAUUCAUCCUGGUGGCCAUUUUUGCGAGGAUGGGGCCGGUUUCCGCUAUCGUGCCGAGCCACGAGGACAGCUGGAGGUUCGCCAACUUUAGCGGCGUCGUGCCAGCAGUCGGCAUAAUGGCCUUCGCCUUCAUGUGCCAUCACAACACCUUCCUGAUUUACGGCUCCAUCGAGAGGGCCACCCAGAGAAAAUGGGACGUGGUGACCCAUUGGUCCUUGCUGACCUCUCUGGCGGUGGCAGCGGCCUUCGGGAUCGCGGGUUAUGCCACCUUUACGGCUUACGUCCAGGGCGACCUCAUGGAGAACUACUGCUGGGACGACGACCUCAUGAACCUCGCCAGGCUCCUCUUCAGCGGGACGAUACUUCUGACGUUCCCGAUAGAGUGCUUCGUUACCCGCGAGGUGAUCCUGACCGCGCUGAGAGGGACAGCGGACAUCCCGUCCGAAGGCCGGGAUGCAGGAUACGUGACCGGCUCCGACAGGGAGUACCUGGUGGUGACGCUGAGCAUCGUCACCGUGGCGUAUCUGGUCUCCAUGUCGACCGACUGCCUUGGCGUCGUCCUGGAGUUGAACGGCGUCCUGGCGGCGGUGCCUCUGGCGUACGUCCUCCCGGCUCUUUGUUACUUGAAGCUCGAGGAAGGUCCCUGGGUCUCGGCCAGGAAGUUGCCGGCCUUGGGCCUCCUGCUGGCAGGAGUCCUGGCCGCUGCGGCAGGCCUCCUCCUCGUCGCCCUCCACGACGAGACCGACUCCUGCGUCCACGGCAAGGUGAUGCCGUAUUGCCUGGACAAUUCCACGGCGACGACCCUGGGACCGACGGGGGCGUCGCUCUUCGCGAUCCCCGGGUCGAACCUGACCUCGUAACUCGGAGUUUGAGCUUACAAGAUCGAUCCGUCCAGGAGCGCAGCUUCUGGAGGUCGAAGGACCGUCUACGACCGGGAGGACGAGGACGACUCGAGGAGCCGGGGCGAAUGACGUGCCAAGAAACUGAGGACGGGCGGUGGUGGAUUUUAGGUCGAGAAGACGAGUGACGAGAGUCCUGGCAAGGAACCCGAGACAAGUACUGGAAAAUUAUGCGUUGGGAGGUUCUUGGACUCCUGGUGGAGGUACAUGGACGAGGGCGAAGAGACGCGUGCCAAAUGGCAGUCGGUGGAAACCUAAGACCCGCGAUACGGAAAACUUGCUGAUAUGAACUGGAACGACGUUAAGCCCACCCUAGGAACCACGGCAAAACGUAUUGGAAGAUUCUUGUACUCUCGAUGGAGGAAAGUAGACGAGGACGAAGAGAUGCGUGCCAAACGGCGUUGAAUGGAAACUCGAGACCUGAAAACCGGGAACCUGCGCCUCUGGUGGCAUUAACUCGAACAACAUUGACUAUGACCGCAUGAUGGCCUCGAAAUGGGAUGUCAAAAGAGAAGACGUUUAGUUUGGUAAAGUCCCAUGGGUCUUAUGAGGGGAUGAGACCGCAAUAUGCAAUGGACACCGAGGCCAGCAGACGCAUUCCCAUACAUACUAUUAGUAUAUAAUCGAUUGGAACCGCACCUACGGUUGCUGGGAAUCGAUUAGGUCGUUUUCUGCAAUCGCUGGUCGACCUCGAGGCUGGAACUUGUUCGUUCCUCUGGGAAACGCUCGUACCUACGCAUCUGUGAUUAUUAUUUUUCGACUAUUACUUAUUUUUGUGAUACAAAUAUACACCGUGGAUGUACAUAUACAGGCGUUGAUAUCUACCCGAAGACGGGUAGGGCUAUAUGUGUAUAUAGAGGCGACGUGCCGAAGAUAUUGUUUGUUGACUCGAAAUGGUAACUAGGGACGAUUGGACGUGUCUAGGGAAUUUAGAUGAGGGAUCUAAAAAUGUUCAUCCCCAGGCGGGCAUUUCAAAUUUCAUUUCGACGUUGGGCUUUAUGAGGUGCGCUCUUGAUCUGCGCACUCGCGCCGCUUCUAAAAUAAAGCGACUUUAUCUUCGA